AUGUCUACGUCAACAAAGCCACCGGCUGAGGAGAUCACAUCUCUUCCUUCCCCAAAACCUAAGAAGAAGCCCUUCUCUUCCCCAAACGAAAUGGUCACUUUUAUCGUUGGCACAGGCGACAAACAAGAGACCUUUCAGAUUCACAAGCAAGUUGCAUGCGAGCAUUCGGAUGUCUGGAAUCGGGCUUUCAAUAGCAUGUUUAUUGAGGGGCAAACUCAAACUUAUCGCAUUGAAGACACUGACCCUGAGGUAUUUCGAUUAUUGACACAGUGGGUUUACCGAGAUAAUUUCGACCUUUUUCAUUCAGCAGACUCCUGUCUCAACCGCCUCGACGAUCUCAAUGUAGUGGUCCAGUGUAUGCAAGAAGGUAGUGUCCUGCUGAGGCUUUGGGUUUUGGCCGAAAAGUUUCUUAUUCACCGACUUCAGAAUUAUACUAUGCGCGUUCUGUGCAAUAAAGCCGUCGUUUGUGAACCAUAUCUGAAUCGAUAUGAUUAUAGAUAUGUCUAUAAGAACACGACUGAGGGGAGUGCUCUUCGUCGAUUUGGCAAGGAAGCGUUCUCAGAUGAUUGGGGACAACUAUCUGGUUGGGGAGAAUCCAACUACCUAAUCCUGAAUUAUAUCCGGGAUCGACAAUUUUGCGAGGAAUGGCUGCAAAGGGGUGCCUCUCUGGUCGAUUAA